AUGGCAAACUCCACUGGUUCUCUGAACAUGGCUAAUAUCAUGAAAAAUUGUACACUUUCUGGACCCAAUUAUGCAGAGUGGAAACGUAGAGUAGAUUUGUACUUGGGGUUUUAUGAUUAUAGUCAUUAUAUUAAAUCUGAGUGUCCACCUUUGCCCAAUGAGGAGUUUGUUGAGUUUGAUAAAAUCUCCUAUAAUAAAUGGAUUGAGGCAAACAACAAAAUGAAAUUUUUUAUGCUGGGAUAUAUGAUUGAUUCAUUGAUGGUUAGUUAUAUGAAUUCCCCUAGUGCUAAAUCCAUAAUUGAUAGCCUAGAAGUGAAGUUUGGAAAAAAGUCUAGUGCCCAUGUGGAAGGCUUAUGGGAAAAAUUUGUUAGGACUAAAUUAUCAGAAGGACAAGAUGCUCGUCAGCAUGUGAUUAAUAUGAUUGCCUUAACUGAUGAAUUAGCCCUUCAAGGAAGGCCAAUAGAUGAUAAAACAAAAAUUUUCAACUAUCUUGUCAUCCUUGCCCAAUUCUUAUGA